GCACCCCGGACAUUUAUACAGUAUUACGAUGAUCUUCUUGCUAAGAUUACCACUACACAGUCCGUUGAACCUAGGAACUCAAUAUUCGAUUGUGAUUGGCUUGGUCCUUAUAAGAUUUUUUAGCAUGGCUGCAAUAGAUUUUAAUACACUCAGUGAUGAAGAUGUAAACGAAUUUUUUAAUUCUUUUGAUACUGUACUUACUGAUUGUGAUGGCGUGCUUUGGAUGAUUAUGAACCCUAUACCAAAUGCAGCAGAAGUUAUAAAUGCUUUUCACUCUGUUAACAAAAGAGUCUUUUAUGUAACAAAUAAUAGUACAAAAACAAGGACAGAAUUUGUAAAUAAAUGUAAAAUUUUUAAUUUUGAAACUUCUAAAGAAAAAAUUUUAUGCACUGCAAAUUUGUCUGCGUGUUAUUUACAAGAUCUAGGUUUUAACAAGAAAGUUUAUGUUAUAGGAUCAGAAGCAAUUGGAAAAGAGUUGGAAGAAGCUGGCAUUUCACACACUGGUGUAGGACCGGAUCCUAUUAAUAAAAAUUUACCAUAUACUGCGUUUAACAAAGAUCCUGAAGUCGGUGCAGUUAUAGUUGGUUUUGAUGAGCAUUUUAGUUAUCCUAAGAUGGUAAAAGCAGCCUCAUAUUUAAAUGAUCCUGACGUACAUUUUAUUGCAACAAAUAGAGACGAAAGGUUUCCUAUUUCUAGUAAUGUUGUUAUACCUGGUACUGGAAGUUUGGUACGAUGUAUAGAAAGUUGUGCAGAAAGAAAAGCUGUGGUAAUAGGAAAACCAGAGCCGUAUGUAGCAGAUGUACUGCUAAAACGAUUUCAAGUAAAUACAGAACGAACACUGAUGAUUGGAGAUAGACAUAAUACAGAUAUAUUAUUAGGAAAACGUUGUGGCUUCAAAACAUUACUGGUUUUAACAGGAAUAACCAGGUUAGAAGAUAUAAAUAGAUGGAAACAAUCAGAAUGUUCAGAAGACAAAAAUUUCAUUCCUGAUUAUUAUAUUGAAUCAAUUGGAGAUUUACUACCUCAUUUAGAAAAGUAUAAGAAGUCUCAAAUAGACUACUGUGUAUGCAAAGCAAAACUUAACUACAUUUCUGUUCAGAGAGUUGUGUCCAUCAGUACUCGCAAAAUGCCAACAAAACACAUAACAUCAUUAUCCAAAGAGGAAUUUAAUAAUUUCAUGGAAUCAAUUGACGUGGUUUUAUCAGAUUGUGAUGGCGUACUAUGGAGGGAAACAGAAGUAAUACAGAAUUCACCUGAGGCAGUAAAUAAAUUCAAACAAUUGGGUAAAAAAUUUUUCUAUGUAACAAAUAAUAAUACCAAAACCAGGUCUGAAUUUAUAGAAAAAUGUAAAAAUCUUAACUAUGAUGCAACAUUGGAUGAAAUAGUAUGCACUUCAUUUUUAGCUGCUGUGUAUUUGAAAGAGAAAAAAUUUGAUAAAAAAGCAUAUGUAGUUGGUAGUAUUGGUUUGACUAAAGAGCUUGAAGCAGAAAAUAUUAAACAUUGUGGCAUAGGACCCGAUGCCAUGGAUGGCGAUGAAGUGGAAUUGAUAACAAAUUUUAAGCCAGAUCCAGAAGUUGGGGCAGUUAUUGUAGGAUUUGACAAGUAUUUCAGUUUUCCUAAGCUUGCGAAAGCUGCUACUUAUUUACAAGACCCAAAUGUUCAUUUUAUUGGAACAAAUUGUGAUACAGAAAGACCCUCUCCAAAUGGCAAUAAAUUUCCAGGAACUGGAUGCUUUAUAAAAUGUAUAGAGUCAGCAUGUAAUAGGGCACCCGUGAUGCUUGGAAAACCAGAAUCUUUUCUAAUUGAAUAUAUAACAAAGAAGUAUGGUUUAAAUCCUGCAAGGACACUUAUGAUUGGUGACAAUUGCUCGACUGAUAUUCUUCUUGGAAAAAAAUGUGGUUUUAAAACUUUAUUAGUAUUGACGGGUGUUACAACAAAAAAUGAAGUAGAUGCUAUGAACACACCUAUGGCAGAUUCUAAAAAUUUGAUAGUUCCAGAUUAUUAUGCAGAUGAAUUGGGUGAUGUACUAAAAAUGAUUACAUCAUCUUGAUAAUUUUGAGAAACAGUUUUAGAUCAUUUCAAUAUUAUUUCAAGUAAUUUUUUAUUGUAUGGAAAUAGGAUAAAUUAUGGUUUCUCAUUUUAUAA